AUGAAUGGCAGAAAUUCCAGAAACAGCAAGGGCAAGAGGAGCAAGGAGCAGGGGAGAGUGACCUUCUCCCAGGAAGAGGAGGACGAGGACGAGGGGACCGCUGAAGAAGAGCAGCAGCGACCGCGCCGGAGCUGGCGGGGAGUGAACGGGGGGCUGGAGCCGCCCCAGCGUGACCAGGCGGUGAGAACCCAGCGGGAAAUGUACGGCUACUACCCGCCCUCGCCGAUGCUGGGGAGCAUGUACAUUGAUGGAAGCCCUUCUUUGAGGCGUAUGACUGUGAUGAGGGAAAAAGGAAGGCGGCAAGCAAUUAGAGGUCCGGCUUUUAUGUUCAACGAGAGGGGCACAAGCCUCACAGCAGAGGAGGAGCGCUUUCUGGACGCAGCUGAGUACGGGAACAUCCCUGUGGUACGCAAAAUGUUGGAAGAGUCAAAAACAUUGAAUGUCAACUGUGUUGACUACAUGGGCCAAAAUGCCUUGCAGCUUGCUGUUGGGAAUGAACAUUUGGAAGUGACAGAACUUCUGCUAAAGAAGGAGAAUUUGGCACGAAUUGGAGAUGCACUGCUGCUUGCCAUCAGCAAAGGGUAUGUCCGGAUAGUGGAAGCAAUCUUAAAUCAUCCUGGGUUUGCAGCUAGCAAGCGGCUCACUCUGAGUCCCUGUGAACAGGAACUCCAGGAUGACGACUUUUAUUCUUAUGAUGAAGAUGGAACCCGCUUCUCUCCAGACAUUACCCCAAUCAUUUUAGCUGCCCAUUGUCAGAAGUAUGAGGUGGUACACAUGCUGUUAAUGAAAGGGGCAAGGAUAGAGAGACCUCAUGAUUAUUUCUGCAAAUGCAAUGAUUGUACUGAGAAACAAAAGAUUGAUUCUUUUAGCCAUUCCAGGUCAAGGAUAAAUGCAUAUAAGGGAUUGGCAAGUCCUGCCUAUCUAUCCCUGUCUAGUGAAGAUCCAGUUCUCACUGCUCUAGAACUUAGUAAUGAGCUUGCCAAACUGGCUAAUAUUGAAAAAGAAUUCAAGAAUGACUAUCGCAAGUUAUCAAUGCAGUGCAAGGAUUUUGUAGUCGGUGUUCUUGAUCUCUGCAGAGAUUCUGAAGAGGUAGAAGCCAUUCUAAAUGGAGAUUUGGAGGCUGAGCCAGUUGAAACACAAAGGCACAGAGCUUCCUUGACCCGUGUUAAACUGGCAAUUAAAUAUGAAGUCAAAAAGUUUGUUGCUCAUCCAAACUGUCAGCAACAGCUUCUGACUAUCUGGUAUGAAAACCUCCUAGGAUUAAGAGAACAGGCAAUAGCUAUCAAGUGUCUGGUUGUGCUGGUGGUUGCGCUGGGCCUUCCCUUUCUUGCUGUUGGGUACUGGAUUGCACCAUGUAGCAGGCUUGGAAAAGUUCUCCGAAGUCCAUUUAUGAAGUUUGUGGCACAUGCAGCAUCCUUCAUUAUUUUCUUGGGUCUACUGGUAUUCAACGCUUCAGACAGAUUUGAAGGCAUUUCAGUAUUACCAAAUGUGACUGUUAUUGAUUACCCUAAACAGAUCUUUAGGGUUAAGACUACUCGGUUCACAUGGACAGAGAUGCUGAUCAUGGUAUGGGUGCUUGGUAUGAUGUGGUCUGAAUGCAAGGAGCUCUGGCUAGAAGGACCCAGGGAAUAUAUUUUGCAACUGUGGAAUGUUCUGGAUUUUGGGAUGUUAUCUAUUUUUAUUGCUGCCUUUACAGCCAGACUGUUAGCAUUUCUGCAAGCUACAAAAGCACAGCAUUACGUGGACAAUUACAUUCAAGAGCCAGACCUCGCUGUGGCCACACUUCCACCAGAUAUAGAAUAUUUUACUUAUGCUCGAGACAAAUGGCUGCCAUCUGAUCCUCAAAUCAUAUCCGAAGGUCUUUAUGCAAUAGCUGUUGUGCUUAGUUUCUCACGGAUAGCUUAUAUUCUACCAGCAAAUGAGAGUUUUGGCCCACUGCAGAUUUCACUUGGAAGGACUGUAAAGGACAUUUUCAAGUUUAUGGUCUUGUUUAUUAUGGUAUUCCUUGCAUUUAUGAUUGGGAUGUUCAUAUUGUACUCCUACUAUCUUGGAGCCAAAGUAAAUGCAGCCUUCACUACAGUUGAAGAGAGCUUUAAGACAUUAUUUUGGUCAAUAUUUGGUUUAUCAGAAGUGACAUCAGUUGUCCUCAAAUAUGAUCAUAAAUUCAUUGAGAAUAUUGGCUAUGUACUAUAUGGAAUAUACAACGUAACAAUGGUUGUGGUUUUACUCAACAUGUUGAUUGCUAUGAUCAACAGUUCAUACCAAGAAAUUGAGGAUGACAGUGAUGUGGAAUGGAAAUUUGCACGCUCUAAGCUCUGGUUAUCAUACUUUGAUGAUGGAAAAACUCUGCCACCUCCAUUCAGUCUUGUACCAAGUCCCAAGUCUUUUAUUUAUUUCUUCAUGAGGAUCAUUUCAUUAUUCAAGUGCAGGAGAAAAAGGCUUCAGAAGGAUAUGGAAAUGGGAAUUGGCAACUCAAAAUCCAGGCUAAACCUCUUUUCUCAAUCCAACUCAAGAGUUUUUGAAUCUCACAGCUUUAAUAGCAUUCUCAAUCAGCCAACACGCUAUCAGCAAAUAAUGAAGCGACUUAUAAAACGUUAUGUUCUGAAAGCACAAGUGGACAAGGAAAAUGAUGAAGUCAAUGAGGGUGAAUUAAAGGAAAUUAAACAAGAUAUUUCUAGUCUUCGCUAUGAACUUCUGGAAGACAAGUCCCAAGCAACAGAGGAGCUGGCAAUUCUCAUACAUAAACUCAGUGAGAAACUCAACCCAAAUAUAUCAAGAUGUGAAUGACUGCAAAUGACAUAUACUAAUUAAUCCCUGGAGUUUGACCACAGCACAAGU